AUGGACAUCAUAAAGGACUCUUUCCUAUAUGGUUCUCUACUUUUGGAUGGUGUAGCUAAUCAAUUAGCCUCCAGUUACAAAAGGAAACUAACCCUUGAUUGUAAAAUUCGUUGGAAUUCAACAUAUGAAAUGCGUUUUGUUGCUAUUAAUUAUAAGGAAGUGUUUGCUGUUUUAAGUGUUCGAGAUAAACUAUACAAAAACCCACCAACUCCUGAAGAUUGGGAAAAAGUUGGGAAAUUAUGUGAGUUAUUGGAAAUGUUUGCUAAACUUACCCUUGAUUUCUCUGCCUCAAAAACUCCUACGGCUAAUAUUUACUUUUCUAAAAUUUGCAAACUUAAAAUUACUCUAUCUACUUGGCUUUCAUCUCCAUAUGAUUAUGUUGUGAAGAUGGCGGAAGUAAUGUUAGAGAAAUAUAAGAAAUAUUGGGAUAGUAUGAAUGGUUUGAUGGGAGUUGCAACUAUACUUGAUCCUAGGUAUAAAAUGGCUCUUAUUCGAAUUUAUUUUGCAAAGUUAUUUGAUAAAUAUGAGUAUGAUAGAGAGGUUAGUAGAAUUAGCAAUCUAUUAAGGAGAUUAGUUGAUGAAUAUGAGUCUAGUAGUGAGAAUACUCAAAGUAAGAGGCAACUACCUUCCAAUUUAGCAAGUGGUGGGAGUUCUUGUGAUGACGUUGAUAUGGAUGAGUUUGCACAAUUUCUAGAGCGAGACAAAAAUCAAACUUAUAAAAAAUCUGAUUUGGACAAGUAUUUGGAAAAUGCUAACAUACCACUUGAAGAUAAUUUUGAUAUUCUAAAUUGGUGGAAAACAAAUGGAAGCACAUAUCCCGUUCUUCAACAAGUAGCACGGGAUAUUUUGAGUAUUCUUAUUUCUACGGUUCCAUCCGAAUCAGCUUUUAGCACAAGUGAUUGUGGAGAAUUCAAGGACAAGGAUUUUUCUAUAAUUGUUGGAGAGUUGGAAGAAGAAGGCGAAAUGAAAUUUUAUAGUGAUGAGAUUAUUCUGGAUUGA